AUGCCGCGCGACAAGCUCGUCAGACAAUCCCUUGGUGCUGCACAUCGGCUGGUCAAAGAGUCCAAAGUCCUCCUCGUCGGCGCCGGCGGAAUUGGCUGCGAACUCCUCAAGAACCUCGUCCUCACUGGCUUUGGUGAGAUCCACAUCAUUGACCUUGAUACAAUUGAUCUCUCAAACCUCAACCGUCAAUUUCUCUUCCGGCAAGAACAUAUCAAGAAGCCAAAAGCCAUUGUCGCAAAGGAUGUCGCUCAGAGAUUCAACCCUAAUGUCAAACUCAUUGCUCAUCAUGCAAAUAUCAAAGACAAGCAAUUCAAUCUUGAAUUCUUCUCCCGGUUCACGCUGGUCUUCAAUGCGCUUGACAACAUGGAUGCAAGAAGACACGUCAAUAAGAUGUGCUUGGCUGUUGAUAUACCUCUGAUCGAAUCGGGCACUACAGGUUUCAAGGGCCAGGUACAGGUCAUCAAAAAGGGCAACACUGCUUGUUACGACUGCUCUCCCAAGAGCACCCCCAUUUCAUAUCCGGUUUGCACCAUACGGAGUACCCCGAGCCAACCCAUUCAUUGUAUAGUAUGGGGAAAGAGCUACCUGCUGCCCGAGCUGUUUGGUGUUGCGGAAGUGGAAACUCCCGAUCUCGACAAUACAGAAGACUCAGACAACGCAGAGGAGAUUCGGAAAUUGAAAGAGGAGGCACAAGCAUUGAAGAAAAUCAGACGGUCAAUGGGCUCGGAUGAUUUCUCACGCCAGGUCUUCAACAAAGUGUUCAAUCAAGACAUUGAAAGACUUGCCAAGAUGGAGGAUAUGUGGAAGGAUAAGAAACCCCCAGUGCCCUUGUCCUAUGACACCCUCGAACAAGAGUCGGCUGGCCUUGAUCCCACCAUCUCAAACGAAAGCCAGCGGACCUGGUCAAUUGCCGAAAAUUUCGUCAUUUUCAAGGACAGCUUGUCACGACUCUCGAAGCGACUUGCUGAAGAUCAAGCGGCGGCAGACAAGGCAGACCAACCGCGACCGAUCAUCACUUUCGAUAAAGAUGACGACAACACGAUGGACUUUGUCACCGCAUCCGGUAAUUUGCGAGCCACAAUCUUCGGUAUCGAGGCAAAGUCAAAAUUUGACACCAAACAAAUGGCUGGAAAUAUCAUCCCCGCUAUUGCAACCACGAAUGCCAUGGUAGCCGGUCUGUGUGUGAUGCAGGCAUUUAAAGUCCUUAAGGGGGAAUAUGCUCGCACGAAAUGGCUGUGGCUGUGGAAUGGAUCUCUUCGUACUGAUCAAUUAGAGACGCCCAAUCCAGAAUGCGUGGUUUGCGGUGUUGCUAUGGCCAGGAUAUCUGUUGAUCUCGAGAAAGCCACACUGAACGACCUUGUUCAGAAUAUUCUCAAGACCAACUUCAGUUACGGUGAGGAGGUCACGGUCAUGACUGACGCUGGUAUCAUCUAUGAUCCGGAUCUGGAGGACAAUUUGGAGAAGAAGCUUUCCGACCUAGGUAUUGGCGAUGCCAGCUUCAUUCUCGUCAAAGAUGAGGAGGAUAACACUCCACGUGUGGACUUGCAAUUAGCUGUCGAGGCAAAGCAAUCCGUCAAAGGCCGGCCGCCCGUUAGUCUUGUCCAGAAAGAAGGCGAAACAUUUGAGAUACCACGCAAGCCGAAGAAGAUACCACCCGCCGAAGCACCAGAAUCAGACGGCGAUGAUGUGGAGGUUGUCGCCAAUGGCACAGCUUCGGCCACAGCUCCGGCCACAGCGAAACGGAAACGUGCCUUGUCUGAUGCUGGCGCAAACGGGAUAGAGACACCAGCGAAGAAGCUUCAGGGUGCUGUCUCGGCGAAGGUGGCGACAGACUCAUCGUCGAAGGCCAUUGUCAUUGAUGAGGACGAUGGUGCACUUGUAAUUGCUGAUGAUUAG